AUGGCUACCGGUGGAGUUUAUCCUAUGGAAAUGCAACAGCUGCCCGAACCGCCAGAGACUCCCACUCGAGGCGGGUUCGGGGCCGAAUUUAUGAAGAUGUUUCAACCAGGUCCAAAGAAAGUGACUCGAGAUGGUCAACCACCUAAGCGCCGAGGUCCUAAACCAGAUAGCAAACCAGCUCUCACUCGACGACAGGAGCUGAAUCGCCAGGCUCAGAGAUCCCAUCGCGAGCGAAAAGAACAGUAUAUGAAGUCAUUGGAGACCGAGGUAUCCCGACUACGGGAGGCUUAUUCCAACGAAAUCAACACGAACACCACGGUUCAACAGCAGAAGGAGUUCCUCCAUAACCUCCGCGACGAGAACGAAAUAUUGAAGGAAAUCUUACUCGCCAACGGGAUCCAAUUCGAGCCAGAGCUGGAGAGACGUCGCGCGGAACGUGCCUCGGUCGGAGGCUACCAGUCGAGCCCGGUCGCAGGAAGCAGUAAUGGGUCCAAUACGGCCGGUUUCACCAAUUCGAUCACACAACAGAAUGUGACCCCUGGAACUUCCAUCUCCACGGGGUUGAGCCCCCGUGCGACGGGUGGCGUGGAUCAUCCGGAAGUGUCGCCCGCAAUGGCCUUUGCGCCCCCGCAGCAAGUAUACCACUCUGGUCCGGGUGAACAGCUUGUUGGCUUCGAUCAAUCUGCAUGCCAUGCAAUGGAGCCUCCGGUGCCGCCAAUGCCAAUGGCGAAGGGUGUAUUUGAAAGCGAUCCCCAACUCCAGAUUGACUUUAUUUUAACUUUGGAAGGGCCUUGUCGUGAACAUACGGAUUAUCUCUGUCGACGGUCUAUAACGGAGGCGGACGACGAGGAUAUGCCAUUCUCAGGACAUGCCCUGAUGGCUACAUGUCCGCCACCUAGCUAUAUCGCCAACACCACUGCCGAGCAGCCAUAUCCGCAUAAGGCGCCAAAUCUCCCACACGCCAAUCUAUCCACCCUACUCAACCUCAGUCGACAGCUCGUGACAGAAGGACAAAUUACUCCGAUCAUGGCAUUACAAUGCCUGAAGAACCAUGAGCUCUACCCAACACUUGGACGUGAUGACGUCAAGAUCAUCAUUGACACCCUCAACAACAAAGUGCGCUGUUACGGCUUUGGUGCUGUGGUCGAAGACUUCGAGCUCAUGGAUUGCCUGAGCAGCGUGUUGGGCACUAAGGUUGAUGUUGGCGUUACUCGUGUCCGCGGCGACUCUAUCUAUGGAUGA